AUGAAGCUUCUCACGCACAACUUUCUGUCAUCGAGAUUUUUAAAAAAUGUGAACAAUGGAUAUCCGCUUAUUCUUCGAGCGAACCAAAAAGCCAACAAGGAAGUAGAGUUCAACGAAAAGUUUGUGCUGAAUAUGAUGCCCAAGGUUGACUACGCUUCUUUAUACAAUGCUGCGCUGUCAAUUGGUGAGGCUGGAAACAUGCCAGAGUCAUUGCCUGAGGACUGGGAGACUAACGUUCCCGUACUGAUGGAGUUGCAUCGUGUCAUGCUUUGUGUUGAGAUCAUCGAUGGUGAACUGGAGUGUCCCGAUACGGGACGAAAAUUCCCCAUCAAAGAUGGGAUUCCUAACUUAUUGGUUAGUGAAAAUGAAGUUUGA